GCUGUGAACACUCGAGGGGAGGGCAGCAUAUUUGUACACAAUGAUGACUUGCACAGGGCAGUGUCGAGGGCAGGGGUCAGAGGAACAAGACAGGGAACCGCCCUAGGCUAGCAAGGAUGGUGGCCAUGAUUCGAUGCCCCCAAGUACCGGUGAGCGUCUCGGGCGUUUCUUUUUUCUCCUGUUCGGCCCAAGAGCCCCUUGUUAGCUCCCACGCGAGAAGGCUCGAUGCAAAGGCUCGAUGCAAACUUGGUCCGAGAAUGGCGCCGCGGCGCGGCUCCGAGCAACGGCUUGCCUUUUUGAAGGUACACGCAUGUAAACUUUCAUGUAAUGUGGUAAAGCUGAGACUCCAGGAACACGGAGACUGCCAUCACCUGCGCCCACUCUCGUCGCCCAGGGGCGUUCUGAGCCGUCAUGGCCCUUGGCAUCGCCCAGGUACCUGCACACAGUGUGCGCGCCAAAGCCGCCCAAGCUCUCCAAAUCCGGGGUGUUCGUUUGGCUGGGUCUGGUCGGACCAGGAUCAGGCCCCGAUCAAUGGGUCCCAGGUGUGGGGGUUAGCGACGAGAUCGAGCAGACAGCGAAAUGCCAAGGAGCCGUGAUGCCCAGGUGAGGCUAAACUGGAAGGGGAAUAGUUAUCUACACAGUAGGAGUCUGGCUGGGAAACCUAUCUGAGGUGUCCGAUGCUGGAGGCGUCUUUUCUGAGGCGUGAUGGUGUUAUUCA